AAGUGCUCCGUUAGAGGAUCGAUAACAUGUUGGCUGUCACAGCACCAACAGUAGAUACACCAACUACACUGGGCUUUGGAGCCAUUGGAAAUACAACUUUGAACCGCACUUUGGUGGUUCUGACCUCAGCUUUGUCUCUUCUUGGGGCCAUAGUCAUUAUUGUAACAUAUUAUGCGUGGAAGGACAUGCAGUCGACCUCGAGAAAAAUUCUUGUCUACAUUUCCGGCGCUGAUUGCGUUGUAGUGUUGAGUUUUAUGUUUGGUGCAUUUUUACCACCAAACACCAACUCUCCUGCCUGCACAGCUCAGAGUUUGCUCUACACUACAGCUAACCUGUGUUCCAUCUUUUGGACCACAUUUAUGGCCGUCUUUUUGUACAUAUCGAUAGCGAGGAAAAAGCCCAAAUUGGCUGACAUAAUGUUCUAUAUGUUUCAUGCUAUUGGAUGGGGCGUGCCUGUGCUAAUUGCAUGCAUAGCGCUGCAAAAAGGCGUGCUCGGAAACGAUCGCGAUAUUUACAGCUCAGCUUGGUGUUGGAUCAAGGUGCAGGACAGUGGCAAAAAUGUUGAGGAUAAUUACAUUAUGUGGAUGCUUGUCACAGGAAAAGCCUGGGAAGUAUUGGUCUUCAUACUUAUUUUAAUUUUCUACGGGCUGCUAAAAUGUCAUCUUCGACAAGAGGUGUACAUAAACGAAAGAAACCCUAUUGCUCGUAGAUCUCUGGAGGCAGCAAAGAGAUUCGACAAAAAACUGACAUUAGUUCCUGUUAUUUUCCUCUGUUUGCGAUCCUGGGGAAUGAUGCGCUUCGCAAUUUACUCGAGUUCAUCUGUGCAUGAAUCAAAACCAGUAAGGAACGCUCAAGAAGUCUUGAUCUAUUUCCAGGGAGUAUUUGAAAGUGCACAGGGCCUCACCAACUUUCUUAUGUUCUGCCUGUUUACCAAGAAAUUCCAAGUGAAUAUGAAGAGAACAAUUCAUAGAUACUGCGGCAUAUCGUACUGUCCUGUAGAUCUCGAUAUUCAAAACACGGAUGACAGCCAGAUCGAACCACCUUCAUCAGAAGAGAACGAAAGCUCUUCGAUAUUUGGAACCUCAGAUUUUGGUCCGAAAUAUUCCUAUCAUACCGUGAGUCAGUUGAAUUCUAAGAGCAAUACUUAAAAUGGAAGGAAAAAGGAGGAAGAGUGAACACAAAACAAAAUCUAAAUUUGAAUACACGUUUAAACUUCAUUACUGUUUGCCAUACGUAACAGGAGCGGAUCAAGGGGAGUGAGGAGCAGAGGGUGCGCACUCCCCCCCCCUCCCCCCAAUUCUCCGAGAUGAUCAGUAGCUU